AUGGACGUCUCUAGACAUGUCCCGUUACCGUUGAGACAAGUCUUUCAAGCUGUUUGCUCCUACGAAUCUCCUAAUCCGCAUCACCCUCAACAACGAAACCCUCGCCCGAAUUCCCCGCUCCACCCUCCUGCACCACACCUACCACGACAGGCCCCCAAACCCGCUAAUCCUCCACCCCCAAACUUGCCCAGUAGCAGCAACCAACAUCCUAACCUGGCUUCCACGCAACCCACGCACCAACGGCCCCUUCCCGUGCCUUACCCGAGCAUCACCUUCGAGCAAGCCUGCCAGCGCUACGCCCUCGCCGCGUACCUCCGCAUCCCGCGGAGCCGGCUAGGCGACGAACUCCGCGAUGAGAUUUGGCUGUAUGUCUAUAGCUUACCGGCGUUGCGGAAUGAUGAGUUUGCGAUGGUGGUGGAGUUGUUGGCGUUUGAUGGAGGGUUGGUGAGAUUGGCGUGUCAGAGGUUGAGGGGACGGCGCAGGGAGGCGGAGGAGUUGAUGGGGAUGGUGAGAGUUGCGGAGGCGAUGUUGGAGGGGAGGAAGGAGCGGAGGGGUGGGGAUUGUUGA